GGAAACUUUUCAAAAACCGCAAAUAAUAUGCCACGCGGAGAAAAGUGUGGAUUAUUCCAUACACGACGUAAAAUGGAUACCUUGCUCAGCGAAAUUCGUGGCUAUGGGAGGCAAAUCAAACGGAGCUGGAAUUGUGGAAAUUUAUUCUCUCACAGGGGAAGGACUGGAAAAACAGACGGAAUUUUGCAAGAAAGAUUAUUUUAAAUGCGCUACUUUCGACGCUUCGAGUUUAAGGAACAGGCAUUUAGCCACUGGGGAUUUUGGGGGGAGAUUACAAGUUUGGGAUUUGGAAGAUACGUUUGUGCCUGUUUAUAUGACCACAAAGCAUUCACAAGUAAUAAACUCUAUUGAUGGUGUUUCUGGUAGGAAUUCUGGCUGUGGGGCUCCAGAAAUUGUCACUGGAUCAAGAGACGGUUCUGUAAUGGUUUGGGAUGUUAGACAAAAAGAGCACCCUGUAGCAAAGUUUUUGCCUGUAGAAGGCAAUACAGGUAGAGAUUGUUGGGCUGUGGCAUUUGGUAAUGCUUAUAACAAUGAAGAAAGAGUUAUAGCAGCUGGUUAUGAUAAUGGGGAUAUAAAAUUGUUCGAUUUAAAAAUGAAUGCUGUAAGAUGGUGUAAAUGCGUUAAAAAUGGAGUGGUGGGUCUACAAUUUGAUAGAAGAGAUAUUCAAAUGAAUAAAUUGGUGGCAACCACAUUGGAAUCCAAACUAUAUUGCUUUGAUGUAAGAACGCAACAUCCCAAAAAAGGUUUUGCAUAUGUAACUGAAAAAGCGCACGACUCCACAAUUUGGUCUGUGAAACAUUUACCGCAAAAUAGGGAAAUAUUUAUGACCACAGGGGGAGCUGGAAGCUUAUGUCUUUGGAAAUAUAAUUAUCCUGAUAAAAGAGUUGAAAAGGACUCGGAUGAUAUUUCCUAUGGUGUGGCUGGUGAAUUAUCCCUAUUACAAAACUGUACACUUUCUGAUCAGCCAAUCACAGGUUUUGAUUGGUGUGUAGAUAAACAGGGGCUGGCUGUUGCAUCGGCAUUUGAUCAGACUGUACGAGUUUUAAUUACAACCAAGCUUAACUUACAAUAAUAAUUUUAAUAAAUAUUAAUAGUUGUUUUAUUAAAAAAACACCUAAAAACUAUACAACAUACAUACAUUAGUCUUAUAUUAUAUCACAUGUAAAUUAAAGAAAUCCUAAUUUAUACAAUUAAACCAAAUUAUACUAUACAAUAUGAAGCUUAAAACUCCAAUUUAUGUUAUACAUCAAAAUUUAUACAAAUGUGCAUUUUUCUUUAAUUCAUUUCAAAAUCGCCAAGGUCAAAAGACCUUACCCUCCUAUACUAAAAUCUCUGACCAGGAUCUGUAAAUUUUGCCGUCAAAAUGUAAAAACAUGCUGGUAACGGCACCAAAAACAACAAUAAAGAAUCCAUUAAUGGAUCUUGUAACAGCGUUAUUGAUAAUAUACCAUAAGCAUGUAAACACCAAUGGCCCACAAGAAUAAUUAUAUUCCUUGGUUCUGUUACAGUUGUUUUAAUUAACGAAGUGAUACUUUGGUUCAUUUUAUUGGAGAAAUGUGCAGCACAAGAUAUUAGGGAUAAUAUCACCACUAAGUAUGGAAAAGAAUAAUCUAAAAAAAAAAUGUGAAAAAAUUGUUAUUGCUUAGUUUAGUUCAACUUACAUAAUAAACCUCCCACAACAGCAUGGAUAAGCACCAAAAUGGGUAUAAAGUACAUGGCAGCAUAAAUUGAUAGUUUACUUUGUCUUGGAAAAACUUUACGACAAACCCAAGGCCUUAUUAUAAGCAUUAAAAUUAAAGACAUUCCAUAAAACACAAACACUACUG